AUGUUUGCUUCAAAAUCCAGUUCCAUAUCCCCUUCUCCGUCCAUGGAGCAGGCAGAUUCAGAUGCUCUGGACAUCAGCACUAAAGUGCAGCUGUACGGCGUGCUCUGGAAGAGACCCUUCGGGAGGCAGUCGGCCAAAUGGUCCAGGAGGUUCUUCAUCAUUAAAGAAAGCUUCCUGCUCUACUAUGCUGAGAGUGAGAAGAAAAGCUUUGAAAGUAAUAAAUACUUCAACAUCCACCCCAAGGGUGUCAUACCCCUGGGAGGCUGCAUUGUGGAGCCCAAAGAAGAGCCCAACAUGCCUUAUGCCAUAAAGAUCUCUCAUGAAGACUUCCAUGGUAACAUUGUUCUAGCAGCCGAAUCAGAGUUUGAGCAGGCUCAGUGGCUGGAGAUGCUACAGGAGUCUGGAAAAGUGACCUGGAAGAAUGCCCAGCUGGGAGAAGCCAUGAUCGAGAGCCUGGAAGCCCAAGGACUGCAGCUGGCCAAGGAGAAACAGGAGUAUUUAGAUAAGCUAAUGGAAGAAACAGAAGAGCUGUGCCUGCAGAGGGAGCAAAAAGAGGAACUCGAGCGUCUGAACCAGGUUCUGGAAGCAGAGAAGCAUCGGUUUGAAGAGGUGGUACGGGAGCUGCGGCUGGAGCAGGAACAGAUCAGACGGGAGCUAGAGCUCACAGCCCACUCCCUUAAAGGAGUGGAGGAAGAAAAGAAAGAGUUGCGAAGCCUGACACAGUCCUUACAGAAAACCCUAGAGGAGCUCUCCCUGGAAAAGCAGCAAAUGCUGGAGAUGCUGGAAGAAAAUGAGAGCCAGCUCCCACCUCCAACCAGCCCCAGCAAGGAGCAAAGCCCCAUCUGGGGACUGCACUGCAGCCUGCGACAGAUUGAAGAGAAGAUGCAGCAACUUCUGGAGGAGAAACUCCUGGCAGAGAAGAGGAUGAAGGAGAAUGAGGAGCGGUCCCGAGCGCUGGAGGAGGAGCGGGAGUUCUACUCUUCCCAGUCCCGAGCACUGCAGAACUCGCUCUCGGAGCUGACCGCGGAGAAGCAGCAGACGGAGAGAGACCUCAAGGCUGAGGUGAAGGUGCGCAUGGAUCUGGAGAAGCGACUGAGAGAAGCCGAGGAAGCGUUGCAGAGCUUGGAGCAAGGCUUAAAUUCUCUGGAUUGCAACAAGGAGAAGGAGGAGAAGAUGAAAGCAGAUGUCAGUAACUUAAGAAAGUUCUUUGAAGAGUGCAUCCGCAAUGCUGAGCUGGAGGCCAAGAUGCCCGUGAUCAUGAAGAACUCCGUAUACAUCCACAAGGCUGCCACUCGUCGCAUAAAGAGCUGCCGCUUCCACCGACGGAGAGCCAGUGCUUCAUGGAAUGACUUGAAGCAGUCCCAGUCCUUCAUCUUCUCUCAUGCAGAAGCUGAAAGCAUUGAGGAGCUGAAAGAAGCAGCCAAAAGACUGAGCCGGAACCAGCACUUCAGGGAAACUGUCUAUCAAAUCAUGAGGUCCCAAAAGGAUUCUGCUUCAGGGGACGAAAAGUGACUCUUGUU